CCCAUUAAUUCCGUUCAGUUCGGGUGAACUGCUCGACAUCGGAGGACGUCUCACACAUUGAAUAUUUGCCUCGCAAAAAAAAGAAGCCAUCCUGUCCGCAGAAUUUUCUCAUAAAUAGUGAACAACUCAAUCAGAAAAAAAAUAUCCACAAUACGCAAACCUCAGGGGUGGUCUCCACAAAAUGCUGCCCAAAAGGAAGUGGAGAAGUUUAGAAAAUUUGGCCCCAAAAAGUAUUCCGAUAAAGACCAGUCAUACUCAUCCGGGGAUGGAAUCAGCAAACCGCAGUGUUCUCGAGGAAAACCAAUUUUUACGGAAAUCUGCUGAUCUCCACGAAUCCAAAGUGACCGAGUUGUACGGAAUCAUUGCCGAGUUGCAGAAACAGCUAAGCACUCUGCAGAACGGGAGAAUUGUGGAGGAGGAUGAAGACGAGGAAGAGGAAGACGUGGAAAAUGGUGCGCUGGAAGAAUUAGAUAUUUCUGACGAUGAUGAUGCCGACGACUAUUUCGAGGACGGGAUUUUAUACGAUGAUGAAUUGGCAACUCCAAUCAGUGAUACAUCGGUGAAAGUGAGUAAUAAUCACUCCGCCCGAAUAAUGGGACCCAACCAACACCAAAUUAACAAUGAGAAAAAGCUCGCCCAAAUCCUCACACAGCUCGAAACCAUCCAAUCUGAACAUAAUAAAAUUAAGAAGAAUUUAUCCGACAAGGACGAAGAGCUCUAUAAAGCGAAAGCAACUUUGGUGAAGGUGCACGAAGAAAAGGAGUCCCUGGCUAAAAAGGUGCACCAUUUGCAAGGACUUUUAAAUCACCAGAAGAACCAGACCCCAACAUCUCCCCAGGGGCAGCCACAGCCACUGCAAAAUAAGAAAUCCCCGACACACACGCACCAACCGAAUCAUCCCACGUGUCGAUUUGCAUCUCGCAGAAAACUGCCAACCACACAACAACCUUACCUUCAACAGCAGAAUAAUUAUCAUAAUCUCACCUCGAUUGCGAUGAACAUGUCGCUGAAUUCCAGUAUUGUUGAAAAACUUGUGAAUCUCAAUGAAGCCGCGGACCUGGGAGAGUUGACGAUGUCGAGUAGGCAAGAGUUGGAACUCGUGUUGGAGAAGGAGGCAGUGAAAGUGGACAAGUUGCAGAAUGAGGUGGACUUUCUCUUGGGGAGAUUGGGCGAGGCGAAAAACGUCAACGAAAAUCUGGUCACUGUCGUAGGUCGUGUCGAAAGUUGGGGCAUGGGAUGGAAAGUGGUCGCUGAAAGGGGGGACUCCACCAUCGAAUUGUACGACAUACUCGUCGCCUUGCUGGAAUCAGAGUUGGGAUUGCUUUUGGCCAACGUCAAGGCUGCCGGGAUUGGAAAGAAGAACUGUGAUGAGAAGGAAAAUAAUUAUGAGGCGGAUGCCGAAUCCUUGCUAAAAAGGGCGGAAUUUAACAUGGGCACGGCAGUGGGUGCGGCGUACCGUGUGUUGGGAUGGGACCACGUGGAGAAGCCGAAAGUUGGCCCCCGCACUCUGGAACAUCACAUCCGAUCUAUGAUCAUCUCACUUAAAACUUCCCGCGCCCAGUUGACCUCGACCAUCCCGGAGUACGACUUCAACAUGAAUGCCAAUCCGGAACUCUUGACGCCGUAUGACAUCAAGCAACUUCAACGCAGAUCGUCCUCCUCGGGAAGACCCUCGAAUCACAAUAGGAUGGAUUUGGAGACGGCAGUUUUAAUGCAGGAGCUGCUAAGUUGUCGUGAGGAGAGGGCAGAUUUGAAGAUGAGAUUGGUCUGCGCUGAGAGAGAGAGGGACUUUUUGGCAGGAUUUUUAUUAGGGGGCGGUUCCGCUGGGAGCAGUGGGGGUGGGACUCCUUCAGGUUUAAAUGAAGCCGAAGAGAACAAUAACAACCAGGCUGUCAAGAAAAUGGUGACCACGCCCACGAGCCCCUCCCAGUUAGACAACUAUUCCCUCCUCCACGACUCCAAUUCUACUCUCAUCAAGACGUUGGAGGACACCAAGAUCAAAUAUCGCGACAGGGUUAAGCUUCUCGAGGACAAGAUUCUACUCAUGAUCGGUGAUCGCGCUUUAAUGGGAACUAAUAGCAACAUUUAAACCUCCUCUUUUAAUAAUAUCUACUAAAAAUACGAUUAAAAUACAGAUUUAUUAAAUUCUUCAUAACAUAUUAAUAAUAAUAUAUUAAAAUACUUUGAAACUUUAUACAGAGGAAUAAUAUAAAAUAAAUGAAUAAAUAUUUAGCAUUUAUCUAUUGCAAAUUCAGUGUUUAA